UACUGUUCCUACAUCUCUGAAUUUGAAAUGAAAGAGGAACAGAGACGAGAAGAAGACGAGACAAUGAGAAUUAGUAGAAGUUCUCAUGUGUGCGGUUUAUCAUAGUCUCUAUGAUCACAUAACGAUGACCACAUCGAACAGAAAUUUUUAAUGAAAUUCGCGAAUUUUGAAAGUUCGUAAUGUUAAAGAUAUAAACUGUACCAUGGGAAUUGGUAUCGUUUACGUGCACGAAAUUUAUCGCGGUCUUUACGGCCACGCAACAUGUACAAAUUGUAAAGAAAUUAUUAAUGAAUUUCGAAUGCAAGAGAACCGAAGUUUAUGCGAGUGCAAAGGAGACGAGAUUAUGCGAAUUCCGCGAUCACAGAACAGACGGUGCGUGCAAGAAGCUCGAUCCGAGCGCAGUAUUAAUCGAGCCGUCCGAUAGUACGACAGAUCCACGGUGUUUGCAAUGGUACCGGCACUUUGAGUGUUUCAAAUCGUUCGUUUGAGCCGACCGAUAAAGUUUGCACGUGAAAAGCAUCGCUAUUGGUUCUUAUUCCGACAUCUUUCAAGCUAUCCGAUUGAUGAUGUAAUCACGUAAAGUACCGAACGAAGAGGAUGGCGAACCAUUCGCAGAUCGCAGCUUCGUCGCUGCCAAAGAAGAAGGUACAAGUGGAACAGAUCGUCGACAUUGAGAACGUGGCUGUGUCCAUUCCGCGCGUUCCGAAGCGUACGACCGUGUCUUCUCUGAUUCUGGCGCGAUGGCUGGCGUCGAAGAGCACGCCGCCGCGCACGGAAGCGGAAACGAGCUGGUCGACGGACGAACGGAGUCUGAACUAUGGUACACCGCCUCCGAUAGAAGAGCCUCAUUGUUAUUCGGUGUGCGCCAGCGAAAGCUCCUGCACCGAGGAGUUUAAUUGCACUUUGCAGGUCAACAAAGAUAUAAUCAGGAAUCGUCUGAUAGAGCACAUGAGAUACGUGGGUGGUCGGUUGCAGCUGUUGGACGACCUAGAGAUGAACAAACUAGACUUGGACGAUCCGGAGCGUGUCGCGACCGUGUACAAACGAGAGGAAAUAAACACUCUCUUACUUUACGCCAGCUUUGUCGGUCAAGUGGACCUUAUCGCUGCUCUGCAUAAGUGCGGAGCAGAUUUAAAUUAUUCGGAGCAGGGACAAGGUCUCGCUCCGCUGCACCUGUGCGCGUUCAGCAAUUCUUUGGAAGGCGUGCAAUACCUAUUAACCAAUGGCGCUAAUAUGUACUUGGAACAAACUCACACUCCGUUUCAUUAUGCCGCUUUUGGGAAUGCUUCCAGAGUGGUUCAGCAUUUUCUUCAGCUGGGGAUCAGUCAGGAAUCCCCAUUGGGGGAAGAGACCGUUUUGCAAGCUGCGGCCAGAUCGAACGCUUCGAACGUGUUGAAGUUAUUAGCGCCGAAUAAUCCGACUCUGAACGAUUUGGAUUGCAACGGUUAUGCUGCUAUACACCAUGUGGCAGAUAAAGGGGAUCCCGCUUGCAUGACGAUGCUUUUAGACGCCGGUUGUCAUCUAGACCUAAUGACCAAGAAGGGCGACACUGCUCUGCAUUUAGCGGCGGAGGCUAGCUGCGUGGAAAUCGUCGAUUUGUUGGUCGAGCAUGGCGCGAACGUUCAUUUGAAAAAUCACCGGGGUCAGACGGCCUUGCACAUAGCUUCGCGUUCUCAUUGCUUGGAAUGCGUGGAGAUACUGCUGAAAAAGGGUGGUUGCGAUCCUAACGUCGAAGACAACGAUGGCAGAACGUCCCUGCACCUCGCUCUAGGCAGAUCUUUAUUGGCUUACGAGGUUACCGAAUUCCUCGUCACUUGGAAGGCGAACGUGAACAAAACUGAUAAAUAUGGCUACUCGCCGCUUCAUAUCGCGGCUUUGAACGAAUUGUCGCAAUGCGUGGACAUACUGAUACAACGCGGAGCAGACCUGAGCGCGAGAACGAAGGGUGGAACGAGCGCGUUGUCCAUCAUCUUGCGCAAAACCCCGACGUCAUUGAACGUCUUUAAGCAGAGACUGAACACCUCUAUAACGCUGCACCAACACGGAUCCGCCACGGGAGAAAUAGAGCUUCGUCUGGACUUUCAUCCUCUGUUAAUGCACCAGCAACAAGGGGAGAUCAGAUACCUUGGCACUUUCGUGAAGGAAGGAUACAAAGAGAUUCUGGAGCAUCCGCUCUGCCAGGCGUUCCUACAUUUGAAAUGGCAGAAGAUCCGGAAGUAUUACGUGGGCAGGCUGGUAUUCUACUUGUUUUACGUUCUAAUACUCACUGGUUGGGUAAUGACUGCUUUAGCGCAUAACUGUUACAACGAGUCGCACGGUCAAUUAGACAAUAAUCAGCCGCCAUUAUGUGCAAAUACCACCGGUAUAAACGGUUUUCUCUAUCGACAUCCCGCUCUCCUGGAGAUGGAAUGGUACGCGUUAAUGGUGUUGACUAUUCUCGAAGCGAUCCGUAAGCUGACCAGCAUUCCGACAUACCUGUCGGUCCGCCAGUUUUUCGCCCAGGCCGAGAACAUGGUGGAGUGGUGCGUCAUAUUGAGCGUAUUCGCCACUUCGUUUAUCUACACAGGUAGAACGUACGCGUGGCAGAGCCACGUGGGAGCAUUCGCGGUGCUCUGCGGCUGGAGCAACCUUAUGCUAAUGAUUGGCCAACUACCGAUAUUCGGUGCGUACGUAGCGAUGUUCACGAGCGUUCAAGCACAAGUGUUCAAGCUUCUUUUGGCGUACGCAUGUCUGUUGGUAGGCUUUACCGCGAGUUUCUGCGUAAUCUUCCCACGUUCAAAGUCGUUCAGCAGUCCGCACAUCGGCCUAAUCAAGGUCCUUGUAAUGAUGACCGGAGAACUGAACUUCGAGGAUCUAUUCUUCCCCAUAGAGGAAGAUGGUAGGCCUACAGACGCUGGCGGCACAUCUUGGAUACUACUUCAGUUAUCCGCUCAAUUGUCAUUUGUACUGUUUCUCUUGUUCGUCACCAUUGUACUGAUGAACCUGCUGGUGGGAAUAGCCGUUCACGAUAUAAAAGGACUGCAAAAGACAGCAGGAUUAGCUAAACUCGUUCGCCAAACGAAACUCAUCUACGACGUUGAGACUGCCCUUUUUUUAGGCCUAAUGCCAAAACGGCUAACGAAGUUUUUGCGAUGGACAGCUCUGCUGUUACCGUCGCCUCUGAGAGCAGUUUUGACAGUUCGACCACUUAAUCCGAGAGAGACUAGAUUGCCCCGCGAUUUGCUUUCCGCCGCUCACAAGGUCGCCAAAGAACGCAAAAACGCGUCUGGAACAUUAUGCAGCCGAAAGAGCAACAGCACGACGUACACGUAUCUCAAGAGCGAGCCAUAUUCGACGAUUCAUCGUCGUUUACCCGAGGAAGACGUCUUUAUCGAGGAUAGCACGAUCAAAGGGGAAUUGGAGGAGCUCAAGAGGAUCUGUGAAAGAAAUCAAACGCUUCUCCAGGACCUUAUAAUGGCCCUGGUAUCGGACAAACAGCACAGCGCGAGCAAAGAAGAGGAUGAAACUAAUAAAAGAGCGAGGCAGAGGUAUGACGAUUGGAACGUUCAUCCGAGGAGAUCCACGAUAGUAGAGAGUGUCUUGUGUUACGUCGCAGUUCCUUCAUCGUCUCGACCGACGGCGAGAGAAAAAAAUUCCACCGACGAAAUGGAAGACAAACGAAUGCACGGGAGCUCGAGCGAAGUGCCGAAAAUUAACGUACAAAGGCCAUCGUCGAUGGUGGACGAGGAAAGAUCGCGGCGUUACUCGUUAACGAGUUUAAGAGACCGUCGUCUUUCGUUCGACGAGAAGGAUUGCCGGAGAACGACAGAGGCGGGGGAUAAAGAAACUCGAGAAAAUGUCGAUGAGACGAUCGCGAUACGGAUGAAAUCGUUAGCGAGCCACGAGAAGAGGACGAGACAUUAUUCGUUGACAAGAUUAAAGAAUCGUCGUUCCUGCAUCUACUUCGACGAAGAGAAACAUGAUUCGGCGGUGACGGAUAAUGGCUCCAUUAAUGAAAUUGUCAAUAAUAAAACGACGCAAACGUUGAGGAUGCCUUCAGCUCGCGAAGGGAAAACGAGGCAUUGUUCCAUGUCGAACUUAAACGACCGAUCCAACGAUCAUCUUUCCACGAGAUUGGCCUCGACGUUCAGAUCGGUCAGGUAUCGACACACGAGCAACUCGCAGAAGAUUGUGAUCAACGACACCCCUGUCGUGGAUUCUGCGAACGACCAAAUAGAGAUCGACGCUGGUACACCUCCGCCAGCCGACGAGUCCCUCUUCUACGACAAUCUCGACGUGUUCAGGCAAGCGCAGGUAAACGGUAACGAUCUUCGAUCGAUAAUGUGGUCGAUCGUUACGCCCGCGGAAAUGAAGCUGCUGCUCGAAUUGGAGAAAUGCAACGCGUUACCGGAGCUACCCGCAGGAGAGAGAAUAAGAAAUAUCAUUUACGUGUGGUGUUGUUACCGUGGCCUGAUCCAUUUGUUACCGAAAUUGGAACAAUUAGACGCGAAUCUCGAAUACACCGAGUCCCGUACAGGCAUGAACGCCAUCCUCGCAGCUUCCCUGAGCGGGAACGUAGCGUGCAUCAAACACCUGAUAAAAAAGGGCGCCGAUGUAAACUGCAGAAACCCGAUCAAUUACUAUACCGCCCUUCAUUUCGCUGUUCUUGGAAAAUCUCUGGACGCGGCGCAAGUGCUACUCGAUAACGGCGCGAAACCGAGCACGUAUCUCUAUCAGGAGAUUCUCGAGCCUGUGUUGCAUUCCGCUAUCAGGGCAGGAGCGACAGAAAUCGUGAAAUUGUUGCUGGACCGCGGUACGAGCGUCGUGGAGAAAAAUCACAUGGGCGAGACGCCGUUGCACGUGGCCUGCUUCGUCCAGUCGAUGGAGUGCGUCGAAUUGCUGCUGAAGUCACCUGGUACCAACAUAAACGCGGUGGACAGAGCCCACAGAACCCCUCUUCACUUCGCUGUGAUGACCACGCAUUCGUCCGCGAAGCUCGUAGAAGCGUUGCUGAAGCACGGAGCGUUGUUGAACGCCGCGGACAAAACGGGCUUCACUCCUCUUCACGUGGCCGCGUUGAACGAACAGUCCCACUGUGUCGACGUUUUAAUUUGGGCAGGCGCGGAUGUAAGCGCAACGACCAGCGCAGGAUUGUCCGCUCUGAACAUCAUACUCCGAAAGAUACCCGAAUCUCUGCAAGUGUUUCGACAGAGGCUCGACGCCUCCAUAACGCUCAGCAGACCCGUGCCUCACAACAGAGAGUUCGAGAUGAGGCUGCACUUCGACCUGCUAUUUCCCAGCGACAACCAGUGCGAGACCAGCUUCAUAAACACCUUCGUUCAGGAACGCCGCAAAGACUUGCUGUCCCAUCCCUUGGUGAUGGCUUUCCUGCACCUGAAAUGGGAGAAGAUACGAAAAUUCUAUCUGCUCAGGAUCAUGCUGUACGCCAUGACCGUGAUCUGCAUGACCACGUACGUCCUCACCGCGUUAGCGUACAAAUGUUACAAUUACGACGAGGCGAACAGCUUGAAGAUCUGCAGCAGCAAGCGUCUCUCUGGAUUUCUCUUCAGGCGGCCGGUGAUCGAGAUCCAAUGGUACCUGUUGUUGAUCUUCACGUGUAUCUCUAUCCCCAGGAAGAUAUUCGGCUUCAUGGUCUACACGUCGGCGAAACAGUAUUUCUCCAACAUCGACAACGUGCUGGACGGCGUCGUGAUAAUCAGCGUGUUCGUCACGUCGUUCGUGUACACGGGUCGCACGUACGAUUGGCAAAAUUACGUUGGAGCGUUCGCGAUACUAUGCGCGUGGACGAACUUGAUGCUGAUGGUCGGUCAGCUGCCAGCGUUCGGCACCUACGUGGCGAUGUUUACUCAUAUACAGUUCGAGUUUGCGAAGUUGCUGCUGGCUUACUCCGGCCUGUUGAUAGGAUUUACCGUCAGUUUUUGUGUUAUAUUCGUCGGGGAACCGUCUUUCGGCAAUCCCUUCACCGGUCUCAUCAAAGUGCUGGCGAUGAUGGCCGGCGAGCUAGACUUCGAGGGACUCAUCACCCAGAUCGACGACAAAACCAAAGGACCGUUCGUUAUUUAUCAUCCGCUAUCGGUGUGCUCUCAGAUCCUCUUUACUUUGUUCAUCGUGUUCGUUACCGUGAUUCUGAUGAAUCUGCUCGUUGGUAUCGCUGUCCACGACAUCCAAGGAUUAAGAAAUCACGCCGGGCUCACGAAACUCGUGCGUCAGACAAAAUUGAUCCUUUUCACCGAAAUGGUUCUGCACAACAGUUCGAUCCCUUACGCUUUCCGGAAGUGGAUGUCGGACCAUAAGAUCAACGUGGAGAACAGAAAAAGAGUUCUGGUGGUGAAACCGUUGAACCCUUUGGAAAAGAGAUUGCCUAAAGAUAUCCUGAAAGCGGCUUACGAGGUGGCCCAGAAGAAUAUACCGUUUAUGAACGAUGAUAACAUUAGCCUGAGCGAUCACGUGAUGUGGAUGAGACAACAGAGCGAGGAGAAUUCUGACUCUAAUUUACAGCUAGUCAUUGAAAAUCUAACUAAUAAGCUACAGUCCUACGAGGAUACUAUCAAGUUACUAAAGGAGCAGCUCUUAAACACUAAUAAAACGCUGGAGAAUGUUAUACAGAAUCUGGCGAAGGAAAAGAAAAAUUGACAUUUCCUAGGUUAUAUUUCCAUUAAUUUUUUCGAAUAUGAGUGAUAAAGUUGAUAUCGAAGCAACCGUUACUGGUGGGGGGCGAACUGGACAGUCAGGUGCUGUUCGUUGGGGUAUUUCACAAGGGCUUCGAAACUUUG